UGACAGCUGACGCAGUGGCAGGUGGAAGUCCACAAUAGUGUUGCUAUUGUUUAGUAUAGGUUAUAUUCGAACAGCUUGUAGUGGUGUACUUGUGAGUGCGGUAAAUUUAAAAUCUCUUAAAAGAUGAAUGAUUCAGAAACUUCUACGUUACUUAUGCCAUUAAAUUCAAGUAUGGAUCACUUUUGUGGCUCUGUUUUCUGGAAUAGCAGCUUAACUUGGUAUUCAGACAAUCCAGAUUUCACGCCUUGCUUCCAAAAGACUGUUUUAGUAUGGAUACCAUGUAUGUUCUUGUGGCUAGCGGCUCUGAUAGAUGGCUACCAUAUAUACAGCAGCAAAGAGUUUAACAUACCAUGGAACAAACUCAACAUAAGCAAACUUAUUAUCAUAUGCCUGUUAUGUAUUUUGCAAAUUGUAAACAUCUGCCAAGUAGCUUACAAAUCAAAAUCAGAUGAAAUCAAAGUUUUUGAUGUUGAUUAUUAUGAUCCAGGGAUCAAACUGCUAACAUUUAUAUUAUCAGCUACGUUAGUAUAUUACAACAGAAAGUAUGGUAUCCAAACAUCCGGGGUACUAUUCAUAUUUUGGUUCCUUCUCAUCCUGGCAGGAUUGCCCGAACUCAGGUCCAAUAUAGUGAACUACAACACCAGUGACGAUGUGUAUGUCCGAUAUAACAUUUUCAGUUAUAUCGUUUACUAUACCCUUAAUAUUAUUAUGUUUGUAUUAAAUUGUUUCGCCGAUCUGCCGCCUAGAAAUACUCCUUACAUUUAUGGAGAGGUCCAAUCUCCUGAAAAAACAUCGGGCUUCCCCAGUAAACUCACAUUCAGUUGGUUUGACCCACUUGCAUUCACAGGCUAUAGAAGAACUUUAACCAAGGAAGACUUAUGGCCAUUACAUCCGCAACUAAUGUCCAAAGAAGUUGUCCCAAAAUUUAAUAAAUUCUGGCAGAAAUCUCUGAAGAAGCAAGAAGUCAGUUCAAAAUCUUCGGCCCGUACAUCAGUUACGCAGGGGAAAAGGAAGCAGGAAACAAAACCAGUGUCAAUAUUACCUGUCGUAUGUUUGGCUUUUGGCGGGCAAUUCUUAUUCGCUAUCUUUCUCAAGGUGCUCAACGAUAUUCUUAUUUUCGCGUCGCCUGAAUUACUCAAACAUCUAAUCGGAUUUAUUGAAGGCAAGGAACCUAUGUGGAGAGGUUACGCAUACGCUGUUGGUAUGUUCGUAUGUGCUAUCCUACAAAGCUUGUUACUCGGACAGUACUUUUUCAAAGUCUAUACCGUCGGCAUAAAAGUCAAAAACUCACUUAGUAGCGUAGUCUAUAAGAAAGCUCUUUGUUUGUCAAAUUCUGCACGAAAAGAAUCCACAGUCGGUGAAAUUAUAAAUUUAAUGUCCACGGACGUAGACAGGUUCAGUAAUUUGACUUUUGUGAACUUGAUAUGGUCUGCGCCGCUUCAAAUUUCUUUGGCUUUGUACUUCUUAUGGGGAGUCUUGGGCCCUUCAGUGUUAGCCGGAGUAGCCGUUAUCGUAAUACUUAUGCCUAUGAAUGGCCUAAUGGCAAAAUAUCAACAAAGUCUGCAGACUAAACUUAUGGCAUAUAAAGACGAAAGAGUCAAACUUAUGAAUGAAGUACUUAAUGGGAUAAAGGUCCUGAAAAUGUAUGCUUGGGAACCAAGUUUCCAAGAACACAUUGUCGCAGUAAGAAACAAGGAAUUGGCUAUCUUAAAAAAGCUCGCGUAUUACAGCUCUGGCAUGUCGUUUAUAUGGAGUUGUACACCUUUCUUAGUUUCGCUCAUGUCUUUCACUUGUUUUGUUUUGGUGAACGACAAAGAAGUGCUUGACUCACAAAGAGCAUUCGUAGCACUGUCGCUCUUCAACAUUCUACGAUUCCCAAUGUCAAUGCUCCCUAAUGUAAUUGCGGACAUUAUACAGACUGCGGUCAGCAUAAAGCGGUUGAACAAAUUUUUGAACGCUGAAGAAUUAGAUACCACUUCUAUUGAGCAUAACGACGAUGAAAAAGAUCAAAUCCUAAUUGAAAACGGUUUCUUCACGUGGGGUGACCAUGAUUCAGAACCAGUACUAAAAAAUAUAAAUCUGCAUAUACCGAGAGGUUCGCUUGUUGCCGUGGUAGGUGGUGUCGGCUCAGGCAAGAGCUCUCUGCUAUCUGCCUUACUCGGAGACAUGGACAAACUAUCGGGCAGAAUUAAUAUUAAGGGUAACAUUGCGUACGCAUCCCAGCAGGCUUGGAUUCAGAAUGCGACCGUUCAAAAUAACAUCUUAUUCGAUAAGCCACUAGUUAAAAACAAGUACAAUGAUAUAAUAGAAGCGUGUGCAUUGAAAUCUGAUUUAGACAUUCUGCCUGGUGGGGAUCAAACCGAAAUUGGAGAGAAAGGUAUAAACCUGUCUGGCGGUCAGAAGCAGCGCGUGUCCCUAGCACGAGCGGUAUACUACGAUGCCAACAACUACUUCCUAGACGACCCGCUCAGUGCCGUGGACUCCCACGUCGGCAAGCACAUCUUCGACAAGGUGAUCGGGCCCGCGGGGCUGCUGAAGGGCAAGACGCGCGUGUGGGUGACACACAACGUGUCGUACCUGGCGCAGACGGACCUGGUCGUCGUGCUGCGCGACGGCGAGGUCUCCGAGGCCGGCUCCUACCAGCAGCUGCUCGAGAAGAAGGGCGCCUUCGCAGAGUUCUUACUGCACUACCUUACUAAAGCAGAACAAUCAGCUUCAAUGGAAGAUUUGGAAACUAUUAAACACGAUCUGGAGAAUCAAUUAGGUUCUGAAUUUCACCGUAAAUUGGAAUGGGCCAGGUCGUUAUCACGCGUUUCCGAAGCGCCUUCAGAACCAAAGGAAGCAGGUGACCACAAUGACACCCCUACUAAGGAAAAAUCGCCUGAUAUACCGGAGGAAGUUGAAAAGGAAUUCGAUCAGCUUAUUGAGAAGGAGACACUUGAAACUGGAAAAGUUAAAGGUGCAGUUUAUAAGCACUAUCUAUCGUAUAUUGGCGUCUGGUCGGCUGUUUGGACGCUAGUGAUGUUCGUUCUACUACAGGCUUUCCAGAUCGGCAGCAACUUCUGGUUGGCCAGAUGGUCCAAUGACGACAAAGUGCUUGUGAACGGUACAGUGGAUACGCAGCGACGAGACAUGUACCUAGGAGUGUACGGUGGCCUAGGAUUCGGUCAAGCUAUAACAUCAUUCGUGACCGAUUUAUUGCCGUUCUUGGCGUGUUGGAAGGCAGCUAAAAUGCUGCACGCAAUAAUGUUGGACAAUGUGUUGAGGACUCCUCUGCAAUUCUUUGAGGUCACCCCUAUAGGCAGAAUCCUGUCUAGAUUUUCUAAAGACGUGGAUGCUGUCGACUCUUCACUUCCCUGGCAGAUUUCCAGCGUAUUAUUUGGAUCCUUUGAGGUGGUGGGCACAAUUUUCGUCAUAAGCUAUUCAACACCCAUGUUUAUGACUGUUAUAAUACCAAUUGGAGCCCUAUACUACCUGAUUCAACGGUUUUACGUGCCGACGUCACGGCAGAUCAUGAGGAUUGAAUCUGUAUGGCGGUCGCCUGUCUACUCUCACUUCAACGAAAGUAUUUUGGGUGCGACUAGUAUUCGUGCUUUCGGUGUAACAGACAGAUUUGUACAAGAAUCUCAGCAGAAGGUGGAUAACUACCAGUCUAUCUGCUAUCUUAGUAGUAUCGCGGACCGUUGGCUAGGGAUCCGGCUAGAGAUAGUCGGCAGUCUCGUCAUAUUUUUCGCGGCAUUAUUUGCAGUCAUUGGUAGAGAAAGUAUAAGCCCUGGUCUUGCUGGUCUUUCCGUCAGUUACACAUUAGAGAUAACACAAAUGCUAAGUUGGUUAGUACAAAUGACUUCCGCGGUGGAGACAGAAAUAGUAGCAGUGGAACGAAUGAAAGAGUACUCAGAAACAAAGCAGGAAGCCGCGUGGAGUAUCGCGUCUGGCCCGCCGGCAACGUGGCCGGAGACGGGCGCGCUGCAGCUGGAGCGGCUGUCGCUGGCGUACCGCGCCGGCGCCGAGCCCGCGCUGCGUGACGUCACGUGCGCCGUGGCGCCGCGCGACAAGCUGGGCAUCGUGGGCCGCACGGGCGCCGGCAAGUCCACGCUCACGCUCGGCCUCUUCCGCAUCGUCGAGGCCGUGGGCGGCCGCAUCCUCAUCGACGGCCUGGACAUCGCCAGCAUCGGCCUGCACCAGCUGCGCGCGCGCAUCACCAUCAUCCCGCAGGACCCCGUGCUGUUCUCCGGCACGCUGCGCAUGAACCUGGACCCCUUCGAGACCUACACCGACGACCAGAUCUGGCGCGCGCUCGAGCUGGCGCAUCUCAAGCCCUUCGUGCUGGGACUGGCCGCCGGGCUGCGCCACGAGGUGGCCGAGGGCGGCGAGAACCUGUCGGUGGGCCAGCGCCAGCUCGUGUGUCUGGCGCGCGCGCUGCUGCGCAAGACGCCGCUGCUCGUGCUCGACGAGGCCACUGCCGCCGUCGACCUCGAGACCGAUGAACUCAUACAGAAAACAAUCCGCAAGGAAUUUGCGUCGUGCACAGUAAUUACCAUCGCUCACCGGCUGAACACCAUUAUGGACUCCACGAAGGUUAUGGUGCUCGACAAAGGACAACUCAUGGAAUUCGCCCCUCCGCAAGAACUCUUACAAGACAAAAAUUCCAUGUUCUAUAGUUUAGCUAAAGAUGCAGGUCUCGUGAACUAAUUUUAUAGAUGUUUUUUGGUUGCUGUCAGCACAUAAAAUAUAAGAACACGAACACGUUGCAUUUUAAUGAAGUAUUUUUAUUGAGAUCGACUUUCGAUAGGUACUCUAUUUUGGUAGUUUUAUAUAUUAAGUGGUGCUAUUUUUGUUAGGUUUUACACAAAAGUUUGUUUUCAGUAUUAUUUUAAAAGCCCAGCAAUGUCAAAGCUCAUAUUGAGCUGCAAAACACAAAACUUAAUUUUAAGAUUUUUAUACAUAGGUAACAUUUUUAAUCCGAUCCAAAAUCGCAUGCUACUUAAUUAUUGUAAAUGUUUUACGUAAUAAACAUAUUUUGAUGUAUUUUUACAAACUGUAUUAAACAAAGCCUUAUUAAUAUUAAGCAUAACUUACACAUUUUUUACUUAUUGUUUAUUUUAUAUAUUUACAAUUAAAAAAAAAUGAUCUGUCAUGUGUGCAUAAUGUGCGAUAUCAAGUGUACUUACUGCAAUCAAAUAUUGAGAAAAUUUAUUAAACCCUUGCAAUGUU